CAACUUCACAUUCUUCAGCAUGCUCCCUCUUCUCGCUGCCGUCCAGCUUGCUACGUUAGCUGGUGUGGCGCUGUCGACGCCUACAGGUGCCGAUACUGCCAAGCGGGCCACUUGUACCGUGAAUAGCGUUUCUACUUCGGAAUCCUUGGACGACUGCAGCACGGUUGUAAUUGAGGCUUUUACGGUCGAUGAUGGGGACACCGUCACUAUUUCGGCUGCUUCAGGCGCCACAAUCACCCUCACCGGAGACAUCACCUUCGCAUCGACUACUGCGGAUGGCCCAUUACUCACAAUUGACACCGACGAUGUUACCUUCAACGGAGGGGGAUUCACUAUUGACGGGAAUGGGGCAGAUUAUUGGGACGGACAGGGGACCAACGGUGGGGUCGACAAGCCGCACCCCUUCGUCAAGCUGAAGGGCUACGGCACCUUCGAGGAUUUCACGGUCCUCAACUCGCCCGCCCAAGCUAUCUCCAUCGGGACCUCCGAUACCACCGUCAUCUCCAGCGUAACCGUUGACAACUCUGCUGGUGACGUCGACGACCUCGGACAUAACACGGAUGGGUUCGACCUGAGUGCGUCGGACGUUACUAUCAAGAGCAGCACAGUCAAGAAUCAGGACGAUUGCCUUGCCAUAAAUUCGGGCUCGACGAUUGUGUUUGAGGACAAUACGUGCUCUGGUGGUCACGGAAUUUCGAUAGGGUCUAUCGCAACGGGCAAGACGGUGUCGGGGGUGACAAUUUCGGGCAACACGGUCUCAGACAGUCUUUAUGGAAUAAGGAUCAAAGUCGAUGCCGAUGCGAGCGAUGCCUCUGUCUCGGAUGUGACCUACUCAGGGAACACGCUGUCCGGGAUCGAAGAAUUCGGUGUCCUCAUUACCCAGAGCUACCCUGACAAUGAUGGCACGCCUGGAACCACUAGUACCAUUUCCGACAUCAACUUCACCGGCAGCAAGACCAGCGUCGCCGUCGAGUCGAGUGGCACUAAUCUGGUUAUCGACUGCGGAGAUUGCACUGGUACCUGGGACUUUUCCGAGUUGGAUAUUUCCGGCGGCAAGACGUCUGUAGUCGACUCUGACGAUGCCACGGUCUCCGGCGGCACCUACUGAGUACGGCUGCGACUUCCAUAUUUAUCACGGUCCAUGGUCAUUCUUUGUCGGACCUUUAUCGAAUGUAU